UAGUUCUUUUCAAAAACAAAAUUCGGUAGCGACGAGUGUCUUGAAGGUGAGUUGUGCUCCUUAAAAUAAACAAAUAAAUCGUGAGACAAACGCAGGUCAAGGAAUGGACGUGAUGAUCCUGGAAAUACGCGGCCGGUAUAUCAUGAGGGAUGAUGGAGUUUUCCUCUUCAGUCAUGCACAAAACUUCGGCUUGUCUCGUCGGGUCUUUGGCCCUCGUCUGCUUCGUCAUCUGGGCCCUGGGGGACGUCGCGAAACGGCAAAGCCUCUACCUGCCGACCAGGGUACAAGUAUACGGGGAUUCGCUAUUUCUGACUCUGCCAAAAUACAGGUCGGACUCGCCUAAACAGAGCUUCAGCUUGGGACAAGCGACGCAAAGCGGACUCACCGCUUUUCCGAACAAGGCAGCGCACAAAAGCGGAUUGAUCGCCAACGCCGUCGACUUGCAACUGGAUUCCAGAGGGACUCUGUGGGUUCUCGACUCGGGUGUUGUCGAUACAUUGAGAACUCCGCGUAAAACCGGUAAUGCUAGCAUUUUAGCAUUAGAUGCUGAUUCUGGGAAGAUAAACCAAAUCAUUAAUCUUGGUGAUUUGGUUCCUGGACGCGCUCAAUAUCUCUCCAUAGAGGAAACUAAAUCUGGAACCAGAUUUUUGUAUGUGAGCGAUGGUCCUUCGAGGAGCAUUGCAGUCUGGGAUGUUAAAGCAAAUAAAGGGCAUAGGGUUCUUCUCCCUGAACGGACAAUGCCGAAAAUCAGACCAAAGGUGUUGUACACAUCUUUGGUCGGGUCAAGAUUAUACUUCACUUAUUUCGGAGGUUCCGAGCUAUUUUACAUCGAGACAAGCGGCCUGAGGAAAGGCGGCAUUGUGAAAAUCGUCGGAAGGAAAGACCCGAGAAUGGUCUUCCUUGGAUCUGCCGGCUAUGAAAUAAUCUUCAGGCUAGCUGGUGAAAAAGAAGUUCUAUCCUGGGAUACGAGAAACCCCCUUGACGGCGAGCACAUUUCCGUCCUGGACCUGGGGGAUGCGAAAAAAAAUGCAAUGGCUGCAGUUCCAAACUACGGUUAUGUUUGGGUAUUGGAAACAGACGUAAAAUCAUUUUUAAAAGGAAAACAGCCUGAGCAUAGUUUUAGGGCUUUAAAUGCAACCAAGGGAAAUUAAAUAUGAUUGAACAUCACGAAACAAUUGGCCUUUAAAAAAUUUAAACAAAUGGAAAAUUUCAAUAUUUUGAAUGUGCCAUAUAAAAUUUUUAAGCAAUACGAAGUG